CACAAACAGUAGUGUGGCCGCGCGCUGCUGGUGAGAACUCGCGACGCUUCAGUCUCUCGCUAACUCGCGAUUCGCGUAUACGCAGUUGUAGUAAGAUCGCUGCCGGCAACACUUGGUAGAGCGUUCGCUCGUCAUAUUCGCGCGACAAAAAAAAACGAAAAACAACAACCACCAACCAUGCAAAUAGUGUUCACCAUCAACGGGAAGGUGCAUAAAGCAAACAGCGCAACCGUCCCGAUCGAUACCUCGCUCGGCACCUAUCUACGCUACCAUGCCCAGCUGAAGGGUACCAAGUUUAUGUGCCGCGAGGGCGGAUGUGGUGCCUGCAUCGUCAACGUGAGCAGCCAGCAUCCCGUCACGAAGGAUAUCAUCUCACGCGCGGUGAACUCGUGUCUCUUUCCACUGUUCUCCUGCAAUGGGUUGGAUAUCGUGACGAUCGAAGGUGUCGGUAACAAGCUGGACGGUUACCAUGCUACCCAACGCCGGCUGGCCCACUUCAACGGGACGCAGUGCGGAUUCUGUUCGCCCGGCAUGGUGAUGAACAUGUACAGCUUGCUGGAAGCGAAACAGGGCAACGUCACCAUGGAGGAGGUGGAGAACUCGUUCGGUGGCAAUAUCUGUCGCUGUACCGGGUAUCGCCCUAUUCUGGACGCGUUCAAAUCGAUGGCGGUCGACGCCGAUCCAAAGCUGCUGGAAGUCUGCCAGGAUAUUGAGGACGUGCCGAGGAUUUGCCCCAAAAGUUUGGACGGAACGGCGCCCUGUUCGGGCAAGUGCUCACUGGCAGCUCAGUGCGAGGAAGCUAACGACAUUUAUCUGCUGUUCGCUAGUGGCCGCGAAUGGUAUAAGGUGGAGAAUGUACAGGCAAUCUUUCGGAUUUUCGAUAAGAUCGAAUCGCAAUCGUACAUGCUGGUGGCUGGCAAUACGGCGACGGGUGUAUAUCGGCGACCCGACAAUCUGGACGUGUUUAUCGACAUCACCUCGGUGGCCGAUCUGCGAGUAAACUACUUCAACGAUGCAUUGAUCAUCGGAGCCAACGUUACGCUGACCGAGCUGAUCGGAAUCCUCGACGAAGCUACCUCUGCCACUGGAUACGAAUACUGUCGCGAGAUGGUUAAGCACCUUGACCUGAUUGCGAACGUCCCGGUACGCAACGUGGGUACCAUCGCUGGCAACCUGAGCAUCAAGCACCAGCACCGCGAUUUCCCCUCGGACGUGUAUCUACUACUCGAGGGUGUUGGCGCACGUUUAACGAUCGCCACCUCUACUACCUCCACCAAGGUCGUCUCGGUGGAGGAAUAUCUGUCGAUGAACAUGAACAAACGCAUCAUCCUGAACAUUCUGCUCUAUCCGCUCGAUCCCAACGAGUACUCCUUGCGCACCUACAAAGUGAUGCCCCGGGCACAGAAUGCCCAUGCGUACGUGAAUGCCGCAUUUCUGCUACAGUUUCAACCGUCCGGCCAUUUGCGCACCGCUUCCAUCUGCUACGGUGGCAUCAGUCCGGGUUUUACCCAUGCCGUGCAGCUUGAAAGUUUUCUCGUCGGGAAAGACAUCUUCCAGGAGUCGGUGUUGCAGGAGGCGCUAACGUUGCUCAACGACACCAUAGCACCGACUUACGCUCCGCCGGAUGCAACGGCCGCGUACCGGAAACAUCUUGUACUGACACUAUUCUACAGAGCGAUUCUAAGCAUCGCAGGAGAUCGGGACGUUCAGCUAAACGCUCUGUACUCGAGCGGUACCCAGCUAUCGAAGCGGAUGCUUUCCAGUGGUCAACAAACGUAUGACACGAUUCAAGAGAACUGGCCAGUUACGAAGCACAUACCCAAAGUGGAAGGAUUGUCACAGACAGCCGGGGAAGCACACUACACCGAUGACAUUCCGAAUCUUCCCGGGCAGCUGUUCGGUGCCUUUGUGCUAGCGACUAAACCACGCACCAGCAUCGUCCGGAUAGAUGCCAAGCAAGCUCUAGCACGUGCAGGAGUGGUUGCAUUCUACUCAGCACGUGACAUACCCGGCACCAACAACUUUAUGCCGGUGGAACUGGGCAAUAAAGAGGUGGAGGAGAUAUUCUGCAGCGAUCGUGUACUGUACCAUGGGCAACCGGUAGGUAUUGUACUGGCCGAAACGUACGACGAAGCGUACCGUGCAGCGAAGCUGGUGGAGAUCGAGUACGGUCCACCGGAUGGUCAACCCAUCCUGCCCACGGUUAAGGACGUGAUGAAUGCGGACCAAACCGAGCGCAUACACCCGAGCGAUGAGGUGCAGAUCGGAGACCGUUACGAAGCCGGUAGUGGAUCGAUCCGUCUCGAGGGCACGUUCGAUCUGCCGAGCCAGUACCAUCUAUCGAUGGAAACGCAACAGUGCGUGUGCGUACCGAUCGAUGACGGGAUGGAUGUGUACAGCUCCACACAAUGGGUCGACAUCUGCCAGAUCGCGAUCGCCCGUGCCUUAAGGAUUCCGGAAUCCAGCCUCAACUUCCGCAUACGACGGUUGGGUGGUGCUUUUGGCUCGAAAAUUUCCCGUGCGUCCCAGAUCGCUUGUGCCUGCGCCAUUGCGGCACAUUUCUCCCAACGCCCAGUACGCUUGAUCAUGUCGCUCGAAGACAAUAUGGCUGCGAUCGGCAAGCGUUCCGCAUGCGUCAGUCGUUACGAAAUCGAGGUGGACGAUCGUGGCCGUGUACAGCGAUUGCUUAACCAAUUCUACCAGGACUCGGGCUGUAGCCUAAACGAACCGGUAGAGAAAGUUACGUUUCUCUUCUACCGCAACUGUUACGAUACGAGCAGCUGGAAGGUGAUGGGUCACAGCGUACUGACGGAAUCGGCCAGCACCACUUACUGCCGUGGGCCGGGAACGAACGAGGGCAUCAGUAUGGCCGAAAACAUGAUGGAGCACAUAGCGCACCGGCUCGGAUUGGACCCACUGGCCGUCCGUAUGGAAAAUCUCCCGGACGAUAGCAAAAUACGAGAAUUGCUGCCAAUGUUUGCGCAGGACGUUCAGUACGAAACGCGCCGAGAAGCGAUCGUCAGCUUCAACGAAGCGAACCGCUGGAUCAAGCGGGGCAUCGCUAUCGUACCGAUGCGAUAUCCACAGUACUUUGUCGGUUCGCUACACGCACUCGUGUCGAUCUACCAUGCCGAUGGAACCGUCGCCAUCACUACCGGUGGCAUCGAUAUGGGACAGGGUGUAAACACGAAGGUUACCCAGGUUGCUGCCCGAGCGUUGGGCAUCCCGAUGAGCAUGAUUCAGGUGAAAGCUAUGGCCAACAUAACCUCGCCGAACGCGAUCGUUUCCGGCGGUAGUAUGACAAGCGAUGCCGCCUGUUACGCCGUACAGAGGGCGUGCGAAAUGUUAAGAACCCGUAUCGAUCCGGUACGGCAGCAGCAUCCGGACGAAUCGUGGGAAGCCAUCACACAACGCUGCCACCAGCAGCACGUGGAUCUGUGUGCCCUCUAUCAGUACAAUGUGACCGAAAUGCAGCACUACGUCGUGUGGGGGUUAGCGUGUUCCGAGGUGGAGGUAGACAUCCUUACCGGUAACGUUCAGAUACGCCGUGUCGACAUACUGGAAGAUGUCGGAGAAAGCAUCAGCCCCGGCAUCGACAUUGGCCAGAUCGAGGGUGCAUUUGUGAUGGGAAUUGGAUUGUACUUUACCGAGCAGCUCGUGUACGGUGGAGAGUCUGGACAGCUGCUAACUACCCGCUCCUGGAACUAUAAACCACCCGGUGCAAAGGAUAUCCCGGUGGACUUUCGCGUUAAGUUCCUGCAGCGCACACACAACGAAAACUUUGUCCUGCGGUCCAAAACGACCGGUGAGCCAGCGCUGAAUAUGACUGUUUCGCUGCUAUUUGCUCUUCGGAUGGCACUGAAUUCGGCACGCAAGCAGGCAGGUCUUUCGGACGAGUGGUAUCCGAUUGAAGUACCAGCUACACCCGAGCAAAUAUGUCUGCUGGCGGGCAGUUCGAUCGAUCAGUUUAAAUUAUUGUAAAAACGUAUAUUUUCAUCUGUUAUGAUAUGAUCAAACAAAAAUUGUAACCAUAGCUGUACUAAGAUUAUCUUUCCUUUUAGUUGUCUAAGCUUACCCUUCCAUUUAUCUGUUCUUAGACUCAUAACUAAUAAUCCCUACCGAUAGCUCCAUUAAGCUUUGCCGUAUUAACUACACUGUAAUAAAACCACUACCGGGAAUAAAAUAUAAAAUAUUACAAAAUA